AAGCGCAGGAUAGAUGUUCAGCACAGUCUACACUGAAACUCGGGAGUGAGUGAGCUAAGGGAAGCGCGCUGAAAUCUCUGCGGUGCAGAGCUGGAAAGCUGCUCUCUAAGCGAAAAUCCGACGCUGUCGUCCUCGUCCUCCUUACCUCUGCUUUUCUGGCAAAAGGACAUACAGUAGCCUACAGAGUUUACUAGGAGGAGGGAGCUCACGUCCGUGCUCCGCAUUUUUUUAUUUUUAGUUCAUUUCUGCUGAAAGGACUUCAUUUCGUACUUUUGCACUGAGACGAAAUUUUAUCUACCUCCUUUUCGCAUUUGUUGAACAAAUCUUUAAUCGAAAUCAUCAACAACACGCAAGUUCCGAUGUCGUUUGCUGUGCAUUAGACAUUUUUUUUUCUUUUUAUGUAAACAUCGUUGCGUAUUAGAAAGUCUGCAGCGGUGGAAGGGACACUAUUGGCAAUUGCAUGAGAGAGCUGAGGAAAGUAAAACAAAAGUCGGUUUUUGCGACGCUUGCCACCACAUUCGCCUAUUUGCAAACUAAAGAAAAAAUGAGCGCAGAACUGAACAUGGGCCCGGAGCUGCCAACCAGCCCGCUUGCAUUGGAAUAUGUCAAUGACUUUGAUUUGAUGAAGUUUGAUGUGAAGAAAGAAGCUCUGGCAGGUCUCGACCGCUCCUCGGUUCGUCAGUGCAACCGGCUGCAGCCCCAGGGCUCUGUGUCCUCCACCCCGAUCAGCACCCCCUGCAGCUCGGUGCCCUCCUCACCCAGCUUCAGCCCAACAGAACAGAAGAACCACCUGGAAGAGCUGUACUGGAUGCCCAGCGGCAGUUAUCACCAGCAAAUUGAUCCGCAAACGCUGAGCCUGACCCCGGAGGACGCAGUGGAAGCCUUGAUUGGCGCCACGGCCCACGGGCACCCCCCACCUCCUCACGUCCAGCAGCAGCUUCAGCAAGGUGGCUUCGAUGGCUACAGAGCGGCACACCAUCAUCACAACCACGGGCAUGCCCAGCAGCACCACCACCAGUACCCGGGCAUUCCACACCAUCCAGAUGACCUACCAUGCCACCCAGGAGCUCACAACCAUGCUCAUAGCCAACACCACCAUCACCACAGCCAGGACCCCGACAGUCCUUCUCCUACCUCGCCUGCGUCUCAUCAGCAGCUCCAUCAUCGCCACCACCAUCACCACCACCCACAUGGCCAUCCGGGCCAGCAGGGUCAUCAUGGCGGAAGCGCGGGGCUGAAUGUGGAGGACCGCUUCUCAGAUGACCAGCUGGUGUCCAUGUCGGUGCGAGAGCUCAACCGGCACCUGCGGGGCUUUACCAAGGACGAGGUGAUCCGUCUGAAGCAGAAACGCCGGACCCUCAAGAACCGGGGCUAUGCUCAGUCGUGCCGCUUCAAACGGGUCCAACAGAAGCACGUCUUGGAGAACGAGAAGACCCAGCUCAUCAAUCAGGUAGAGCAGCUCAAGCAAGAGAUCAACCGGCUGGCCCGCGAGAGAGACGCGUACAAACUCAAAUGCGAGAAACUGACUGGCACAAACGGGUUCCGCGAGGCUGGGUCCACCAGUGACAACCCGUCCUCGCCAGAAUUCUUCAUGUGAGUUACUCUGAUGUCCGACAACAGAUGCUGACAAAAAUAAUCAAUAUUACUGAUUACGAUUAUACUAAUAACAACACCUGUAUUCAUAUUAGAACAAUUAUCUGAAAAUAAUAAUCUCAUAUCUAAUCAUCGCCAUCCGACAACUGAUAUACAAAGAACAAUGUAGAACGUUUCUCAAAACUGCAGCAUCUUUGUAGAUUAGUUGCUUGUAGAGAAGACUUUUUCUUCCCGAAAAAGAAAAGAAUUGCCGAAUCUGAAUUUACUUUAUAGACCGCUUUAAUCUGUUAGGAGCAUGGGAUGACGUCGGACGAGUCUUCUUACUGUGAUUUUUCCCCUCGAGUGUUCAUAAAUAUCGUAUCUAACGUCUGCGCUGAAAGGAGAGUACUAAGACUUGCAUUCUGCACAUGCCCGAAAAACUAUCAGACAAAUGAAAAAAAGACUCCACAUAUGCAAACUUUAUUUCUCUCGUGUACCCCGCUUGCAACCUAAAACUGUCGAAAAGGGGACAUUUUAUGCAACAUCUCAUUGGUUUAUUGCCUGCUUGGUUAUAUAUAAAUAUAUAUUAAAACAAAAUCUGCAUUAAAAUAUUAAUCCUGCAUGCUGGACAUGUAUGGUAAUAAUUUCUAUUUUGUACUUUCUUUUCCUUGUGUAUCUUAAUAGCAUGUUGUUGAUCUGAGCUUUUCAUUAGCUGUUUUGGGUUAUAUAAAUGAAAUGGUGAUAAUAUCAACAUUACUGCUUGUGCAGUUUCACGUUGUUUGGGUUUAUUUGGCUUGUAAAUAUAUGCAAACUGCACACCAAGGAGGCUGGUUUUAAACUUCUUUUUCUUUUAUUUUAUUUUCUUUUCUUUUUGUUUGGGUAUUGAAUUGCAGAGUUGGGCAUUUUUGCAGUUGCAUUAAACAACAAACUUUGUAUAUUAAGUGCACUUUUUCGGAUUAUGAUUUUGGUGUUUGCUGUUUUCAUUUUGGGUUUUUUGCAGACCGCCUUCAAGGAAGACAUACUAUACGGAUGGAUUAUUAUUGCGACAAAUUAGAUUUGCAUUGCAAAGUUAAAUAGCACAUUUCUAACAAAUUGUAGCAUAUGAAGCUACCAGACUAUAUGCUUCUCAAUUAUAUUUGCAGCUAAAUAACUUUGUUCAUUACGGAACAUAUUUACGCUCCAUAGAUAACUUUAUUUCGCCAUUACGCCCAUAAAGAAACUAUUAUAGUGGCAUAUUUUGUGUAUAAUUAAUUUCAGUCGGUGCUAAUGACACCGUGUUUAGAUGGGUCUCAUGUAUUGCAUAAUCCAUCCCUAUUAUAUAAUAUAAACGAAAUAUACACAAGUCAUUUAAUUCUCCCUCUGAAAUACGAGUCGUGUUUUACAAAGAGGGCUAAAUGUCAUAGUUUAUAAUGCAUUUAUAUACGUUUCUAUUAACCACCUUAGACGUAAUUGUGCACAUGUGCAAAAGCGUGUUCAAAUCAGGGGAUUACUGACGUGUUAUUUAGACUGUGUAUAUUUUUAAAAAGAAGUUUAAUGUUCUGUGUUUUCCUACAUUUUUUCUGCAGGUCAGUAAAAAAAGGGAUUCAGGUUUUGCAAAAUCUCAAAAUGAAAACGAUAUAUGUGUAUGGUUAUAUUUUAUUAUUUUUGUUUUAUUAUUAUUUGGAGGUUCUGGUUCUGCUGGCCAGAUGCAUAGUUAAGUUUUUAUUUUAAUGAUUUAAAUUAACAAACUGUCAGAUCAUAUUGAAUAAGCAUGGUGCUUGCAUUUAAAACUAUUGUUAAAAAGUCAUGCAUUUAACAAUCUUUGGUUUGUUACUGAUUCAACUGUGUUGAAAUCAAAUUGAAACUGCAGCAGCGGGUUUUGUUUUUUAUUUCAUGAAUUUUGCGAGGGGAUCAAUUUUCAAUCCUGUUUAUAUAAAUGAAAAAAGUUAAAUUUGGACUGUUGUAGUUCCAUUCAGGCUGGUUUCUGUUUCGUCUUAUUUUUCGUUGUUUUUGGAAGAAAUGGUUUCCUAUUUUGCUUAUUAAAGUCAUUGAAAUGGCA